AUGGCUCGCGCUGCAAUGACCAAACUCUCCUGGGAGAGUCACGUCCUCCGUCCCGUGCAAAACGCACCUCCCGCCAUCAUUCCCACAUUAAUCUACGGUACCGCUUGGAAGAAAGACCAGACCGCCGAUUUGGUUCACCAGGCGCUCGGGGCUGGUUUCCGCGCCGUGGACACUGCUGCCCAACCCAAACAUUAUCGCGAGGACUUGGUCGGGGAAGGUAUACGCAGGGCCCUCCAGGACGGCUACGUCCGACGAGAAGAUCUUCAUGUCCAAACCAAAUUCACGUCCGUCAAUGGCCAGAGUCCGGAUAAUAUGCCGUAUGACCCCAAGGCCUCCGUGACUGAUCAGGUCCAUGCGUCUAUCAAGUCGUCGCUGCAUAAUCUCCGGCCGUCAGGCACGGCAGAUAGUGUGAACGACGCAUACAUUGACAUGCUCAUUCUGCAUUCACCGCUGCCGACGAUGUCUCAGACAUUGGAGGCUUGGUCCGCGGUUGAGAGCUAUGUUCCUCACCAGAUCCGUAGCCUGGGUAUAUCCAACACGACUCUGUCCAUCUUGAAGGAGCUGUUUGGCCAAGCAAGGGUAAAGCCUGCGGUGGUUCAGAACCGAUUCUAUGCCGACACGCAAUACGAUGUUCCCUUGAGGGCCUUUUGCCGGGAGAACCAAAUCAUUUACCAGAGCUUCUGGACGCUAUCGGCAAAUCCAGAUUUAAUUCGCUCGGAUGCUGUUCAGCUGCUUGCCCACGAAGCAGAUAUCUCGCCAGCUGCAGCACUUUACUGUCUUGUUCUAGGACUGGGACACACUACGGUGUUGGACGGUACAACCAAGCGCCAUCAUAUGGAGGAAGACUUGGCUGCCCUGCAGAAGAUCGAGCGGUUUACGGAGGAUCAGCCAGACCUGUGGCAGAGAAUACUGAAACGCUUCCGGCAGUUAACUGGUGACCAGAUGCUGGAAUAG